AUGAACAAGCUAUAUAUUGGAAAUCUGAAUGAAAACGUAACCGCAGAGGACUUGGUUAAAACCUUUGAAGACUACAAGAUUCCUUACUCUGGGCAGUUUCUAAUGAAAACUGGCUACGCGUUUGUUGAUUGCCCGGACGACCAAUGGGCUAUGAAAGCAAUUGAAACAUUUUCUGGUAAAGUGGAACUUCAUGGCAAACGAAUUGAGGUCGAACAUUCUGUCCCUAAGAAACAAAGGACCAGAAAACUCCAGAUUAGAAACAUUCCACCCCAUUUACAAUGGGAGGUGCUUGAUGGUCUGCUGGCUCAAUAUGGAACCGUUGAGAACUGUGAACAAGUUAACACAGAGAGUGAGACUGCUGUGGUAAACGUCACCUAUGGUACUCGGGAGCAAGCCAGACAAGCCAUCCAGAAGCUGAAUGGGUACCAGUUUGAGAACAACGCUCUGCGCGUGUCCUACAUACCUGACGAAACAUCAGACACUGACUCCCAGCGCGGUCCUGACAACGGCCGUCGAGCUGGAUAUGGUCCCCGUGUCAACGCCCGCCAGGGUUCCCCUGGUGCAGGAAUCCCCUCUAAACACCAGCAUGCUGAUAUCCCGCUCCGCCUUCUCGUGCCCACCCAGUAUGUGGGUGCAAUCAUUGGAAAAGAGGGUGCUACUAUCCGCAACAUCACCAAACAGACUCAGAGCAAAAUUGAUGUGCACCGUAAAGAGAAUGCUGGUGCAGCUGAGAAGCCAAUUAGCAUCCACUCCACUCCUGAAGGUUGCUCAGCAGCCUGCCGCAUGAUCCUGGACAUCAUGCACCAGGAGGCCAAAGACACCAAGACUGCUGAUGAAGUGCCUCUGAAGAUCCUUGCCCACAACAACUUUGUAGGCCGUCUGAUCGGCAAAGAGGGACGCAACCUGAAGAAAGUGGAGCAAGAUACUGACACCAAGAUCACCAUCUCACCGCUGCAGGACUUGACCCUGUACAACCCAGAAAGGACCAUCACAGUGAAAGGUGCUAUUGAAGCCUGCUGUUUGGCCGAGCAGGAGAUCAUGAAGAAAGUGCGCGAGGCCUAUGAUAACGACAUUGCUGCCAUGAAUCAACAGACUCACCUUAUCCCUGGACUGAACCUUGGAGCUCUUGGCCUUUUCCCGCCAUCCUCCUCCCUGCCCCCUCCUCCUCCUGGAAACGCAGGGGUUGGUGCUCCGUAUGGCUCUUUUGGGGCCCCUGAGCAGGAGACAGUUCAUGUGUACAUCCCAGCACAAGCAGUGGGAGCCAUCAUUGGCAAGAAGGGGCAACACAUUAAACAGCUGAGCCGCUUUGCUGGGGCAUCCAUUAAGAUUGCACCAGCUGAGACACCGGAUUCAAAAAUGCGUAUGGUUAUUGUUACUGGUCCUCCUGAGGCACAGUUUAAGGCCCAGGGCAGGAUAUAUGGCAAACUGAAGGAGGAGAAUUUCUUCGGUCCUAAGGAGGAGGUGAAGCUGGAGACGCACAUCAAAGUAGCAGCAGCCGCCGCUGGCAGAGUUAUUGGAAAAGGUGGAAAAACGGUAAAUGAGCUACAGAACUUGACUGCAGCUGAGGUAGUGGUUCCCAGAGAACAGACCCCUGAUGAACAGGACCAGGUUAUCGUCAAAAUCAUUGGCCACUUUUACGCAAGUCAGCUGGCACAGAGGAAGAUCAGAGACAUUCUGACACAGGUUAAGCAGCAGCAGAAAGGAGGAUUGGGGGGCCCACCAGGGCCUAACCCACAGAACCUGUCUGUGCUGGGGCCCCACCAAGGAAUGCCUCAGGAGCCCAGGAGGAAGUAAGGGACCCCACGCCCUAAACUGGACGGACGGACAGAUGGAGGAGAAACAGCGGACUAACUGAGAGAGAGCGACACACAGACCCAGCGGUAGACAGGGAGAAACGAGCGUCAAACUGAGAGGGAAUAAAAAGGAAAAAAAAUGCCUGAGAGAGGACGAAAUGUUUAGAGAAAAUGAAACUAGAAAUAUG